CUUGAUUGGUCCGAAGAUGAUCCCCAACAGCCGGUGUCGCGCCCACUCCGCACCGCUCCUCUUCCUGCCUCUUCACAUCGACCGACCAGAGGACAAGUCGGUAACCUCGCUAUCAUGGGAGACGUGUAUACCGCCACGGCGGAUCGUCCGUUUGCCUGCGAUCAGUGCACCAGGUCAUUCACGCGCAGUGAGAACCUCCAGAGACAUAAGCGGACCCGCCAUGGGGGCGUCUCCUCCAGAACCUUUGGAUGUGCAAGAUGCCAUGCGCAGUUCUCCAGAAGUGAUGUGUAUAAACGGCACAAGUCCCGGUGCCGAGCAGCGCACCAGCCCGUCCUACCAGAGGAGAGCCUCAGCGAGCCUUCGUGGGUAACCGGGCACGAACCGGCCGAAUCUCUGUUAGUCACCGCCGAGGGCUCCUGGCUGGAAGGACGUUCAUUCACCAACGACCACCUUCCAACACCGCCCCCUGUGAUGUCUCCCGCGGCCUUACCUGCCGGGGAGACGGUGGCUACCCAUGUCAAGGCGUAUUUCGAGCAUUUUCACCCUUCACUGCCCCUGUUGCAUCGCCCUACCUUUGUCCUGUCUUCCACACCUAAGCUACUGGUCAAUAUUACCGCCGUGAUGGGGAGUCUCUACUCGGUGCACCGGUCUCCGGGGGGUGCCGAUGAGGCUGAGAGGGAGACACGCGCCCAAUGGCGGCAGGAGGUCUGGCAAAACGGGCAAGCAGAGCUUCAACUGCUGGCCGCUUCAGAUCGGAAAGUGAUGCGAAAGCCCUGGGUCCUACAAGCCUGGCUGCUCUCUAUCAUCUACGGAUUGUACACGGGCGAAACCCGCUCGUUUGAGACAGCGAGGCACAAUUUGCGUACACUAGUUGAUAUUGUGCGCGAGCUGGGUCUAUCUCACGAGAGCAUCACGACAGCCGGGACGCCGUCCUGGAUCAUGCCCCCGAUGGAGACAAACGUCCCUGGGGAAGACUCACAGACGCUGUAUUCGCGAUGGAUGUCGUACAUCUCCAUUGAGUCGGUCCGACUGGCACUCUACACGAUGGUUUUCCUCGAUUCCCAUGCCUUUGCGGCAACCAACGCCCGCCCAUUGAUGUCUCCGUUGGAGUUUGGAUGGGACCUGCCGUUUCCCAGCAGCCUGUGGGAGGCCCAGAAUGCGUCUGUCUGGCUGCAGCGGGUCACCGAACACUUUGGCGCCUCCGGUUCGACCCUGGCGGGCAAUCUCCCUUACGCUCCGCGCGGGCUGGCGACUGCCUCGUUGUCCAUCGCAACGCAGCAACUGAUGACGGACUCGCCCGGCCCGGAGCUGCUGGCGGCGCUAGUUGCGUCGCCCUUUGCCCUCCUGUGCGUGCUGAGCAAUCUCGGGGUGUUGGUCCGAGAUUUCACGCGCAGCUACUACCAGAUGCCCCCCAGUCUCCCGGAUCCGUCCGCCUUUCAUAUCCUCACCCAGUCGCAGAACAAACAGAUUCACGUCGCCGUGCGAUGCAUCCGGCAGAUUGUCCACGACCAGGCAUACACGAGGGACAGCCCCCAUUACCUCCUCUGGCGAUCUGUCGAAGUGCUCGCCGCCGCGAUCCGAGUGGACCUGUGCCGGCCAGACCAGAUGCUGGUAGGAGGCAUCGUCGACCACAGCCUGCUCGCGGGGCUGGCGACGUCUACCCAGCUGGCCCUGGGCAGCUACGUAACUGUCCGGAGAUCCGUGCCGCUGCUGUCGCGCCAGUCCAACCGUGACGAGGACCUCCUGGCCGUCCUGCACGAUCUCACGGCGGCCCUCGCUCGGAUCGCCGGCGAGGACCGAGAGCAGGCCUUUGGCGAGGCGCCCUGGGUGACCGUGACCAGCUACCACCUCCUGCUGUGCAUCUGGCGGGCGCUGCGGGGCGCGUGCCGUGACAUUCACCAGCACCUGGACACCUUCGACGAACUGCCCCGGCCGGCCGAAUCCUGCAUGCUGAUCUUCAACACCCUCCUGGAGGCCGUCCUGUUCGCCCUUGGCCUUGAGACUGGGCGUCUCGACCGCGAUCCCCGGCUGUGGUCCGUCGACCCCGCUGGCUUCAGCAGUCUGCUCGAUGACGCCGAGCCAUUCUUCGAGGACCUCCUCCAGUCAUUCUGCAAGCACCGACCUUUGUGGGGGAUCGGCCCGGCUCUGGGCAUCCUGCUGGACGACAUUCUUGCCACGGGCUCCACCGGCGCCUAAUUAAGGAGUCUCAGUGGAGCUCCACCAGCUUAUCUUCGAGUAUCCACAUCAUGUCUAUCCCCUAUAUCAAUCUCCAAAGCCAACGA